AUGCUUUAUAAGGACAGAACCAACAGUGGCAGCUCCGGAACCAGAGUCCCUAAGGUCCCUGAUGGCGAGAAGGUGGACUUUGACGACCUCCAUAAGAAGCGUCAGAACAAAGACCUGAUUGAGCUGCAGGGGCUGAUCGACGUCCAUUUUGAGAACAGGAAGAAGGAGGAGGAGGAGCUUAUCGCCCUCAAGUCCAGAAUUGAGAAACGCAGGUCAGAGAGGGCUGAGAUCCAGAGGGUACGCACUGAGAAGGACAAGGAACGCCAGGCCAGACGUGAGGAGGAGAGGCUGAAGAAGGAGGAGAUGGAUCAAAGGAGAAAGGCUGAUGACGACGCUAAGAAGAAGUCAGCUCUGACCAACAUGGGCUCCAGCUAUAGCAGCUCACUGCAGAAGGCCGACACUAAGAGAGGAGGUAAGAAGCAGACUGAGAGAGAGAAGAAGAAGAAGAUCCUAGCGGAGCGACGCAAACCUCUCAACAUCGACCAUCUGAACGAGGACAAGCUAAAGGACAAGGCCAAGGAUCUAUGGGAGUGGAUGCACCUACUGGAGUCUGAGAAGUAUGAGCACAUUGAGAAACUCAAGAGGCAGAAGUAUGAG